AAGAGUGCGGAUCUACCUGUCAAACGUAGACAGGUACUCGUACACGUGUGAAUCAUUCGAGCGUGUAUUCAGUUAUGGAUUACCUAUAGUGAUAGUGCAGAUGCUUAGUGUUUUUUAUCAUGUGUUUGUGCAUACCUACUGAGAUUUUUUAACACGUUUUAUGGUGUGGUUCCCCAUGUACCUGUAUGUGUAUUAGUGUGUUCCCUUAUGUGAUUGGGUAUACAUAUACGGAUAUAUUAAAGAGUGUUUUGACCACUGAGGGUACCAUCUUCUUUGACAAGCUAAAAGACGAUCUGUCCAAUCUAAACCAUGUGUCAAUCGUGAGUCAAUCAAACUCUGAGGGACGUUGCGAGUGCAGGGGUGCAAGUCAACGAUCGGGACAACUGGCGAAAAUAAGUUUUUAAGUUACGUCGGUAAUUCAGAACGUUGGACUCCAACUCUCGUCGGAGUGAGAUUCGUACCGACCUUCGAAACCUGUAUUACCAUCACUCCACAACAGGGGAUCAUUUGCGUCAUCUAUACGAAAAUUGCGGAAACUGCUGUAUGAUAGUUCGGUCGUUUUGGAAAAUCGAUUGAUACGAAUUUGAUGAACGAAGAAGAUGUUACGGAAACGCAGCACACGAUUUGUAAAAUCGCCACAGACGAAUUAGUCGCGACUGCACGUGCCACUGUUACAAGAGUACUUACCGGAGCUUGUAACGCUAAAACAAUCGACGAUAAGUUGCAAGGUCUACAAAAGAGCUUUACCAAAGAAUUAGAGGAGAUCAAGGAGUUGCUCUAUACUGUCUUAGAGAACAAGAAAGACUUACCCAGGCUGGCGAACGUGUACAGUAAUUAUCAGGAACACGAUGACUAUAACGAUGGUAAAAAUGAUAUUCAGUCUCCAAGGCAGCUGGAGAUUGAUAGCUUCAAUAAUACCAUCCAAGAUGUUUCAUCGACGAAUGGCUCUACGAGCUUCUUCUUUUAUUACUGGCAAAUAAAGAGUUUCGACGAGAAGUUAGCAAGGUGGAAAACCGCUCGUUCCGAACGUAGUUCAACGUUUUACGUGGGUCAAAAUGGAUACGCAAUGUACAUCAAAGUCACACCGAGGUAUUUUCCGGACGGUACAGUUUUCAUAGGUGUUGGUCUAACUCGUGGCCGUCACGAUUCCAUCCUUAAAUGGCCAUUUCCCCAUAAGAUUCGUUUGGAGGUUUUAGAUUAUUCACCCGAACAACUGCGACAAGAUCGACGCUCCCGGAUCUGGGAUCCGUCUAUGCUUUGCUCGGAAUAUUUUUGGGGUCGUCCAAAAUUAACUGGAGAAUCGGAUAAUCCAGAAUGUGUUGGAUUAAGUAUCUCUCGGCAAGUUCUUUUUUCUAAGCCACCGUUCAAGAUCGAUCAGUCCUCGAGAAACACGAGAUAUCUUUGGAACGGUAGUAUCACGAUUAAACUAACAAUUUAUCUUUAAAUAAUUACUUAAUUUAUGCACCAAGUUUUAUCAUAUAUAUAUAUAUAUAUACUAAAGAAAAUUUCUUACAGUAAUUUUACAGUCAUUUGAUGAUAUAAUUCAUUCGGUUAGUACAAAUGACACGUUUUUUACUACUGUUCUAUUAUUAAUCUUUAUUUCAGUUCUGGUGAAUGUACAAGAAACUUGAUCAAAUAUAUAUUCAGCUAUAUCUUCUGUCGUUUAAAUAAUUUAGGUACACGUAAGAGAGCGAGGAAAACAGAAGUGGAAAUAUUGUUAUGACUAGACCACGAAUAUUUAUGUAUUU